UCAGAAGGACGACUCGGUUGACGAGUCAGACAUCUCUGCUAGCGAGCUAAAUACCUGCUCAGCUCAGUCAUGAGAAAGGAGUGUUUUUCGGUGCGAAACGGCAUCAGGACAAGCGGGCAUGAGGACCGAAGUCAACGCCGCUGUAUGUGUACAGUGGAAUAACACGAGCUGACUCUGUUCACGGCCGUUGUUGACUCCAUUUGAAUCAGAAUUGUUUGAACCUAGGUAGCCACUAGCCUGUUAGCAUAAUUGGCUAAAGGACUGUGCCCGGGUCGGUCUGCUAACAGCUGCGGUAGGUUAGGCGGCUGCUGCCGCUGCUUCAGGUAACUCGUCAGCGUUGGCAACCUGGGUGUUAGAAGUGACAAAGGGUCGGUAAACUGGCGAGGUAGCCAAUGAUGAAUCGCUUCCGAAAGUGGCUGUACAAGCCAAAGAGGUCGGACCCCCAGCUACUGGCCCAGUUCUACUAUGCAGAUGAGGAGCUGAACCAGGUGGCCUCAGAGCUGGACAGUCUGGAUGGCAGGAAGGACCCUCAGAGGUGCACACUGCUGGUCAACCAGUUCCGCUCCUGCCAGGAUAAUGUGCUGAAUAUCAUAAACCAGAUCAUGGAUGAGUGCAUACCAGAAGAUCGAGCAAACAGAGACUUCUGUGUGAAAUUCCCAGAAGAGAUCCGUCAUGACAACCUUGCGGGACAGCUGUGGUUUGGGGCAGAGUGCCUGGCAGCAGGCUCGAUCAUCAUGAACCGGGAGAUAGAGAGCAUGGCAAUGCGGCCACUGGCCAAAGAUCUGACGCGCAGUCUGGAGGAGGUGCGCAACAUCACACGCGACCAAGCGCUGCGAGACCUCAACUUCUACACAGAGCGCAUGAAGGAGGCUCUGCGCCAGUUUGACAGCCUUUUUGCUGAGUUUGAACUCAGUUACGUGUCAGCCAUGGUGCCUGUGAAGUCUCCUAAAGAGUACUACAUUCAGCAGGAAGUGAUCGUGCUCUUCUGUGAGACUGUAGAGAGGGCCCUGAAGCUUGGCUAUCUCUCUCAAGACAUGAUUGAUGACUAUGAACCUGCUCUCAUGUUUACAAUCCCUCGACUAGCCAUUGUAUGUGGACUUGUGGUGUAUCCUGAAGGACCUCUUAACUUGGACAACAAACCAGAGGACAUGUCUGAACUCUUCCGACCUUUCCGCACUUUACUGAAGAAAAUAAGGGAUCUGCUGCAAACUCUGACGGAAGACGAACUGAUGACACUGGAGCGGAGUUUGUGCAUCUCCCAGGAUGGUGAGUUCCCCGUAGGCCCGGAUGUCUCCUCCACCCGGGAGCCAGCCACCUCCAACAGCAUCGAGAGCCAGGCAGAAGAGCUUCACAAGAGUGAGGAGCGGAAAGAGAUGGAGAAAGCAGUUGACCUAUCUUUGUGUACCUCCCAGCAUGAAGAGAUGGACAGCGUGUGGGACGAAAGUGAGGGUCAGCAGGACGUCCCAAGCGAGGGAGAGGAGGAUGCGGACACAGACCUGGCCUGCUCCAUGCAGUAUGAUGAAGAGGAGAUUGAGCAGCUCAAUAUGAUGGUGCACCGGGUAGGUGACCAGAUGUCUACACUGCUCUCCCCUCCGAGCCAGAAGCAGUCUCCGGCCCACCAGCCACGGGCAUACAGGCCCAGCCUGCCAGGGUCCAGUGCGCCCUCCAGCACUGAGAACUCCCCUCACCGAGCCCCUGGCUCCUAUCAGGAGGAAGACGAGCGGGUUUUCUUCAUGGAUGAUCUGGAAGGGGUAAGCGGUGGGGUAGGUGUUGUGACCAGUGCAGAUGAAGUCCAUCAGGGACAGCGAGCUAGCCCCACCAUACAUACCAGGCCCACUCCUUCAGCUGAUUCCACAUGUAAUGGUUGGAUGACAGUUUGUCAAUCAAAUGAACCAGUCAGUCAGAGCAACCAAGAUACACCCAGUCUCUCCUCCGGAAUCGUUUCAACAUCAGACGCGUUACCGCUGGUGAAUGGCUGGGAGGGGCCACAAGACGAAGAGGGGGUGGAAACAGCAGAAGUGAUCGCUCAUCGGACGGGCGGUAUGAAGCUGUCUGCCACCGUCAUCUUUAACCCCCGGUCACCCAGUCUGUCUGACCUCAGUGUGGUCUUGCCUCGCUCAGCUGAGGGUUCCACAGCAGCACAGGGCAGCACUCUGGUGGCGACCCACUGCCUGCUGAACUCUUGCGUUUGCUGCACUGCUGGCUGCGUCGAUGGCCAUGACGAUCCCGCUGCUACAGAGACUGCAGGAGCAGGAGGGGCUCUGGGCUUUGACAAAUGCAAGCUCACUAUUACCAGCUCUGUUAUUCAUUCAGCGGUGGGGGUUGGUAGUGCAGGGAAAGGAGAUGCCCCUCUGCCUCUGCCCCCUCCUCCUGCCCCGCAUGAGGGAGUGAGGGAGGACGAUGAGGAGCAGGAGGGAGUGGUCCUUUCCCAGUCCCCAUGCUGCGAGAAGUGCCUUGGCAGCAGCUCGAGUGUCACACUGUCCAAGGAUAGAGACUUGGGGGACCUGGGAGAUAGUUGCACCCAUCAGGACAGAGCCUGCAAGGGGAUGAUCAGCACUGCAGCAAAGGAGAUACAGGAGAAACAGUCCAAAGAAGAGAACAAAAAAUACUCUAGUUUACAGGAGUCCCCUCUCAGUUCAGGCACCAGCAGUGACUGUGAGAGUGUGUCUCUCACCACAUGCAGUCUGUCCAGUGUGUACACCCCGAGCUCAGUCAGUAGUCUGACCACCAGCUCAGAGAUAUCGGAGGAUCUUGAUCACCAGGAGAUCCAGCUGGCCCUGCAGGCUGCCAAACUGGCAUCUCAUAACAAAAUACGCUCACGUUUCCAUAGCAGUAGUGACCUCAUCCAUCGGCUGUUUGUCUGCAUAUCAGGUGUGGCUGAUCAAUUGCAAACAAACUAUGCAAGUGACUUGCGGAGCAUCCUGAAGACACUGUUUGAGGUCAUGGCAACAAAAUCCGAGCAAGGGGACAACGAAAAGCAGAAGAAAGGGCCCAGUCUGGGAAGUGGUGGAUUAGAAGAUUGUGCUCUCUGCCAAGAGACUAUCUCCUCAUCAGAGCUGGCAGCCAAAGCACGGGAUGGACAGUUUGAAGACCCUCCUGAGUGGGUUCCAGAUGAGGUCUGUAACUCCUGCAUUGCCUGCAAGGCUCCAUUCACAGUCAUCCGGAGGAAGCACCACUGUAGGAGCUGUGGGAAGAUCUUUUGCUCUCGCUGCUCUUCACACUCAGCCCCAUUGCCCCGAUACGGUCAGAUGAAACCUGUGAGAGUGUGCACUCACUGCUACAUGUUCCACGUCACGCCUUUCUACAGUGACAGGACUGGUGUCUGACAGUAACCCUCCCAUGCACCACCCUAGCACCAUCACCCAUAGACAUAAGCACAUCACCACGCCAAGAGCUGGGAUUGAUUAGGGAGAGCUGCACAUGUUUUUUUCCCCCUGUUGCUGAGUUUGUGCAUAUGCACAUACAUGCACAUUUAUUUAACAUAAAAACUCGUACAAACAUGUAAAUACAAAUACACUAAACCUCAAAAAACACUACAACGUAACAAUGGAACCCAUGAGCAAGAAAUGAAUCAGGUUUAAAUUACUGAUGAAAAAUGACUUAAUACUGAAUACAUCUUAUCAAGCACAGACAGAGACCCUUCUGUUGCUCUAGAGAUUGGGAGCCAGAUUGUUUAUUAAGGGGCUUCCCUUUUGAAUCUGAAGUCUUAUUUUGCUGUAAAAGAGCAUGAAACAAACUGGUGGUUUCAGGUGAUUGUAGUGUGUUCCAGUACUAGUCUCAGUGAAUUUCACCCACUUGACUAAGGUUAAGUGCGCUAAUAUAAAUAACAAAUUUGUUUCACCUGUUAACAAAUGUUUUUUUUCAUAAAUGUAGUGUGGCUUUACAGUGCCAGAAGUUCCAUAGGGCUCAGAAUUCCUUACUGAAUGUAAACCAAGACAAACAUGUAAGCAACUGUGACAAGUAUGAAAACAAUAAUUAUUAACACUAUCUGCACCAUUGAUUCUGCCUGUGUGGUCAUCAUAGCACACUGAAGGUUUUUUUAAUUAUCAUUAUUAUUAUUAUUAUAUCCAAAUGUUUUUAUUUAACAAAUGAUGCUGCUCUCUGUAAUAUAGAAGUGAAGCUUUGGGAUACGUGGAAUGGCCAAAAAAAGAUAUAUGUAUAUAUGCUGAACUUCAUAAAGUGAUUUUAUGUAUCUGAUAAAAGAGAAGAUUCUUUCGUGCUCUUAAUGGCAAUGAAUGUGCAACACUGUAGAGUUGGAUGCUUUUUUUUUCAAUAACUAACUGAACUGGAAAGUAAUUGCCUUUUACAGCAGUGUCUGAUCCUUCAUCUGCUCUAAGACUACAUUUAGACAUGCAGUCCAAUCGGAUGUUUUUCCCCUCCAAAUCUAAUACAGCCUGAAAUUUUUCUUGAAGUCGUAUCACAGGGAAUAUGAUCUUAUCAGUUCUGAUCUGGACCACUUUCACAUUCAGCAAUUGUUCACAAGGCACCAGCCUGUCUAAACACACAUCUGACCAGGUUAAAAGAAAAUGGAUGUGGGAAAACAAAUUUGAUUUGGGCAUAACAUGGUGCUGUCUAAAUAUAGCCUUGCUGCACCGUCUUUGGUACACAAGAACCUGCAACCCCCCUACCUCAUACCUCAUUUUAUUCCUCUCAGUAUUUUGCCACUAGCUGCAAUCAUCUGCCUAUCUUAAAAAAAAAAUGCUUAAAGUUCUUCCACAUCCCGUACACUCACCUUCUCAACUAGGCCUGUCACAAUUAUGACAUGUUCACUGAUUAAUAUUUGUGAUAAACAAGUUGUCUAUUUUUGUUCCACAAAGCCAUUAACAUAUAAGCCUUAAGUGUCCAAACUGACUGAUUUAGCUAUCUAGCUUCCGUGUAGUCAAUACCUAGUAGUUCCCUACUGAUGACACAGUUCAAGCUCAAGUAAACUCACUGCUGCUAUCUAAAGGUGUUAACAAACAUCAAAUAAACAUUGUUCACCACAGCCCUUUAUGUUUGUUAAUUGGCAUCAAAUAAACAUUACUCACUUCUGCCUUCUGAAAGUGUUAACAAAUGUCAAAUAAACAAACAUUACUCACUGCAGCCCUUUAAAGGUGAUAUUAAUAAACAACAAAUAAUUGUUGCCCACUAUUCACCACUGAGGCAGAAACCUUUUUUUUUAUUUAUUUUUUUUUUUGUAAGACGCAUGAUGUAUCCCAAUAAAGGCGCUUUCAGCUUUCUUUUAUUUCCAGAUAUUUGGCUCAACGGUAAACAUUGCUUGUUCCCACGUGAAUGUGAUUGUGAAAGCUAACAACUGUGGAAAAUAAUUGCAGUCAGCUCUGAUAAUUACAGUCCAGUGAUUUGUGUAAUAAUUGUGACACGCUUACUUUCAACCCAUACUGUCUUCUCUGUAUCUACCGGUUAGGUGGACAAAUACAGUUUUUCUUUUGUACUUGCAUCCUUCUACUCUCGAAAAUGUCAUAAUUAUGGCCAUAAUCAGUCAGCAAUGUUGAUUUUUGUUGUCACUUGUGUAGUUUCACCUAUAUACAUUUACAGGUGAGGAAAAUGUGAUCAAACUUGACAAGGAAAUAAUAAUUACUAUGAUGUAUUUAUUUAUUUGUUUGUGUUUUUCUGCUAGUUUAUUUACUGCUCAUUUGAGGAAAAAUGAGCAAAUUGAUGCAAUGUUUUACAAAUCUUGGUCUAGAGCUGUGGUCAAACCUUAUCAUAAAAGUGUUUACAGUAAUUGGCAGAAUAGUUAUAUGUAUCAUUUUUGCCAAAAUAUAAUUAAGUGGUUUGGCAGUGAGAAAUACAAAAGUAGUCCUGGAUUUAGUGACAGAAAAUGAUGUGUAAUUUGUUUUCAUUACCCUUUUUUGGCUACCUCUACACACACAAUCCAAUAAUUUGAUUUGUGUUCAUCAAAUAACUGUAAGCUAUAUUGUUCCGUUAUCUGCUGAAAAUGUACCCUAAUCAAACAGUUAUUCCCCCCGUUCGUGUUAGAGUUCCCUACAAAAAUGCUUACCUUUUUUCUCAUAAAUUACAGACUUGUCAAAUAUUUCACUUUGCCUUGUCACUUUGUUACAUGUCACUUCUUCCAUUAUGUCAAAAUGAACUCAUUCAUUAGUGCAAAAUAUUUGUCUUUUUAAUAGGUACUAAUGUAAAUAUAAAAAAUGCCUUAAUAUUAACUUUAAUUAAUAAUCUAACUUUAAUUUCUUUUGAAAUGCAUCCAUUCAAGUGAGAAUAUAUUAUUUAUUUACUGUGAAAGGUUGGCUAUUAUUUUAGGCAAAUGAUGACUAUUCUUGGUGGCAAGCAAUCCGGCCAUACCACCGUUACCUGUAACUGACAUUCUCACACACGUCCUUCACAGAGGACUGACAGCCUCAAACAGAGGUAUCAUCCAUGUACAUUAACAUGUACAGUAUCAUCUGAGUUGUGUGCAUGCUUUCUUUGCUGUAUAUAUAAUCUGAUGUUUACUGUACCUUCAUUUACAGCAGGGAUUUUCUCUCCAGUCCUCAUGACCCCCAGCCAGUCAGAGCAAACUUACUGAAGGUGCCUGAGGACUGGAUUUAGGUCCUCUGAUCGAAAUUAAAUGAAUUUGCAGCUUG